AGGAUUCCUCCGUCCAGACGCGUCUAACACGUUACCUCGCUCGCAUUGUGGACUUUGGCUCCGCUGCUUAGCAACAAACAUUAGCGAGCUAGCCAGCCGCCUGUGACCGCUAGCCGCUCUCAUACGCACCGUCGGGUCACCGACAGACACUAAUGCAUUUUUAAACGGAGAGCUCACACUCAGAUCCCGGCUCUAAUUAAACUUCAGCGCGGAGUUUUAGUAGGUGUCGGUUAAAGGUGCCGCGGGAGGCGCUGUGCUGCUAGCGUUAGCUAGUACCGUUAGCUCCGGAGUCACUGGCGCCUUGCGUUGCCUCACGGCAGAGAGACGUGGACUGGAGAUACGUGGUUUUGGCUAUUUUUGACCCGUUAGCUUGUGUAAUGUUGGCGGACACUGGAUGAGCGACUCCCUUGUCUUGAGGUUGUAUGUGUUUUUGUGUCCGGUACCUGAAGCUUAGUGUUACUGAGAAAACCAGUCAGAUACCGGCACCAUGUUGGAAGAGGAUAUGGAAGUGGCCAUCAAGGUGGUCGUUGUCGGCAACGGAGCUGUUGGAAAGUCCAGCAUGAUCCAGCGUUACUGCAAAGGCGUCUUCACGAAGGACUACAAAAAGACCAUCGGAGUGGACUUUCUGGAAAGGCAGAUAUUCGUAAAUGAUGAAGAGGUGCGACUAAUGCUGUGGGACACUGCAGGACAGGAAGAGUUUGACGCCAUCACCAAGGCCUACUACCGUGGUGCCCAGGCAUGUGUACUAGUCUUCUCCACCACUGACAGAGAAUCAUUUCAGGCUAUUGACAGCUGGAGGGAGAAGGUGGAGGCAGAGGUUGGAGACAUUCCCACAGUUUUAGUACAGAACAAAAUUGACCUCCUGGAAGAGACCGUCGUAAAAAACGAAGAGGCGGAAGCUUUGGCGAAAAGGCUCAAGCUGAGGUUUUAUCGGGCUUCAGUAAAAGAGGACCUUAAUGUCACAGAAGUCUUUAAGUAUUUGGCAGAGAAGUACCUUCUGCGACUCAAACAGCAAACAGCUGAGGAGACAGAGGUAGUCCAUUCAACAAGCAAUAAAAUAGGUGUUUUUAAUACCACAAGUAGUAAUGUGUGCAACCAGAGCUCCAGCAACGGCAGAGAAGUUAUCACCUUACGACCUAAUAAGCAACGCACCAAGAAGACUAAAAAUCCUUUUGGUAGCUGCAGCCUACUCUAGAAAGAAUGAAUACGAGUUAAAACUAGAGUGGUCAUUAUUUUAUUCUGUGGAGGUAGCUGCAUUUAGAGACCAAAGCCCAUACAGACUAGAAAUACUACUCUGUACCACCUGACAUUUAAUUUGUAUCUCUACAUUGAUGGUUGAUUUCAGUAUGGUUCAGUGUUGGAUGUCCAUUACAUGGAAAUGGUGAGUGUUUGUGCACUCUGGGGUCCUUUUAGUCUCAAAUAGCAGUAAUGGCUGCAGCUUAGUGAUUGGUUUAAUGAUACCCCCAAAACAAAGAAUGUCUGUGGAGUUUGGUUCUUUUAAAUAACACUUGACGUACAGUCAGUCUCAUUAAUAUGUACAGCAGAUGUUGCACUUUCACCAUUUCACCCCUUCUGUGUUUGUGCAAUAUGUUUGCAUGUAUUGUAGUAGAUGCAGAUUAUUUUGUACCAUAUUUUUCUAACGUUCAUCAGAAUAUGGUUCAAAUUAUACUGUCAGUUAUAGACAAUGCACUGUCAAAGUCAAUAUAUGUAUUUUUGUAUGAAUUACUCCAGUGUUGACAUAGUGCCAAAUGUACUCUUACAGAGCUAUAGUUCCAUAUUAAGUGAAUGACCAUGAAUUUAAAUAAUGUGAUCAUGUCUUAAACAAAUAUCACUUCUCUGCAUGUCUACUUCAUCUCCAUUUAUUUAGCCAUUUGUUACAAAGCCAUGCACUUAAAACACGGGCAGAAUUAAUGGUGUCUUUAGUUUGAGAACCUUAGGUCAUAUACUCUGUCAUGGUACCUUGUUUUUGAUUGCAGUUGUUUUACACAUUUUAUAAGUGCUUUUCUUUCUUUCGUCCCUUAACCUUUUUAGUAAGUUAGUUUCAGGUUCAGUUUUCAAAUUCACUAAAUAGCUUUUUAAAUUUUCAAACGCUAAAAAAAAAACUUUUCUUUAUCUGAUCUGUUGAUAUGUUGUUACCAUCAUUCUGCUUCCAGUCAUGGGAACAUUAACCAGUGAUGCGACUAGAAGUUACUCAGUGUGGAUCUCUCUGAAGGUUGAUGUGUGUUUGUGUGUGUGAAUAUGCAGGGCAACUCCUUUUUUGUCAUCAUGUGAAAGCUCUCCAAAAAGGUCUGUGUAAACGUUUAAAGUGCACGCCGUUGCCUUGUCUACAUCAAACCGGACUUUUUUUUUUAUAGUUUUCAGAAACAUAGAUUACCAAGCACAAUCUAAUGUGUUUAAUAUAGAAAAUCACAUCAAUUUCCUUAGUUUCUAGAAUUGGAAGAGGUGGGAAAUGUGUGUAUAUGCAUGUUUUGUACUUUGAAAAUGUUUUGUAACUGAUCUCAGAUCUGUCAUAGUUUUCUUCUUAAUUUAGCUGAAAUGUAUUCAGGAAAAUUCAUACUGGUGUAAUUAUUUCACGUUGGACCAUUUGGUUGUACUGUAUGUAAAAGUGAACUAAAAUUGCAUGCCAGCCUUUCCCACGUCCCUGAACGUCCCACCAUGGUUGCAUAUCCACCACGCCUUGUUCACCCUGUUUACACCCUCCUCCAUUGAGCCUGCACAGUAAAUCUGUCCUCCUCUUGCUUCUCGGCUGAACGGAUUUACUGCACUUUAUCAUUAAGAUGGCAUAAAGACGUAACAUCACACUCGUGCUGUCACUCAGGUGUUGUAAUGAUCUUUUUCACCCUUUCAUCAACUACAUAUUUAGUCAAACCAAAACAAAACGUGCACACAGUUAUAAAUGUAUCACAACUUUAAGUGUACCAACCAACCUGGUGACCGCUGACGGUCACCUGACAAAAUAAAACGUUACUUUUU